GAGCGCAGUGAGCGCGAGACCGGCGAGCAGCAGUGGCGCACUUUCCUUCAGCGCGCGUUCACUGAGGGGGAGACAGCACGAGGCGCGAGGAUGCGCGCGGACCGCACGGCGCUCGGGGUCCUGUGUGCUCUUACCGCGCUGCUCACAGGCAGCCGCGGCGCGCGGGUCGUCAGUGGUCAGACGGUGUGUCAGGGUGGUCCUGAGAAGCCAUGUUAUAAGAUCGCCUACUUCAGGGACAUGACGAGCCGUGUGGCCUUCAAUGAGGCCUUGAGGGCUUGUGAGGUGGACGGUGGCUCUUUGCUGAGCGUGGAGAAUGUGUCAGAGCAGCGGCACAUUGAGCAUCUACUCCAGGAGCUCAGCAAUUCCUCCACAGGCAGUAGAGCAGGCAGAGGGCCCAGCAUUGCGGAUGGAGAUUUCUGGAUUGGCCUGACGCGUGCAGACAGUGAGAGCACCCAGGAGCAUGGAGGCUUCGCCCACUGCCCUGACCUCUACAGAUGGACAGAUGGCAGUGUUUCAGAUUUCAGGAAUUGGUACUAUGAUGAGCCAUCAUGUGGAGGGGAGGCUUGUGUAGUAAUGUAUCACCAGCCCACUGCUCUCCAUGGCCUGGGGGGACCAUAUCUUUAUCAGUGGAACGAUGACAGGUGCAACAUGAAGCACAAUUUCAUCUGCAAGUAUGAGCCAGAAAGCCAUCUGGAGAAAGAACAUGGAGAUAGGCCUGGAGGUCAUGAUGCAGGCUUCCCAGAGGAACAUGUAGAGAAAAAAAAAACACCUGCUGUUAAUGAAGAUGAAAGUCAACAUGUGAUGGUGGCAGGAACCUCAAGUAUGCUGCUGAUUUAUGUGAUCAUCCCCACAAUUCCUCUCCUUCUGCUGAUUCUUGUGGCCUCAGGGACCUGCUGCUUCCAGAUGCUAAGCAAGAGAAAACCAAGGACCAAAACUACCGUGAACCAGUCCACACUAUGGAUCUCCAAGACUGCAAAGUCAGACAGUGCUAUGGAGGUCUAAGGAAGCUCACAUCUUUCCGUAAUGAAGCAGGCCUUGCUGUUGCGUAUUGGACAUUACACAUCGGUCUACACACUUGUUUGUCCAGUUGUAAGUUGUAAGUAAGUAUGUGGUCUUCUAAUGCAAGGUAAAUAAAUCUCAGUGUUAUCACUGCUGUACUCUACACUGUUCUGCAAUGUUUUUCUAGGACAGCUUUUCAUCUAGUGGCCUCAAAUGACUGUCCCCAAUUUUUCAAAAUUAGCGCAGUGUAAUUUCUCACCAUUAAGCCUCCUUCUCUAAAGCCCUCGUUCCUCAAGUCUCCUCCUCUCAUCCUCCUCUCCAUCAGGGAGACUGAUCAGUGCAGUCAGUUGCAGAGGGGAGGCCACCACUAAUUGGCACCACAACAGAGAGAGCGAUUAAAUUACUGUAAUUAAGACGAGUGCGAAUGGGACCCACAUAAAAAGAGUCGCAGCGAUUGAACACUGCUACAAAAUGAAUUAAGCAGUGACAAAAUGUCAGAAAGAAGAUCCCCCUGAGGACAAAACACAGUGCAAGCCUGCUUUAAUCAAAAAUUAGGUUGAUGUUUUAGAAAAACAGAGCAGACUCAGAGCAGAGUUUGCUCGUUCCACAGUUGUUUUUUGUUCUAGUUCCCAGACAGUAUUGCUUCAUUUUCAUGGACUGUUUCAUUACUUUCAAGUCAACAAAAUUCUCAGUAUUAAAUAGAAGUAAAUAUUGUCUUUAUCAACCACAUUACUUGUAAUUCAGAAAGAACAGCCUAAGCAAAUAUGGAUAUUUUUAUAUGAUAUGAUGUUUCAUGUUCUGUCAGACCCACCUGAUCACUAUUAUAUAUGCAGUUUUUGCAUGGAAUGCCAUUUUUAUCAUAUAUUUAGUAAUAAUUGCUGAUUGCUCUAAACACAACUUUAUGAACAUGACUAAACAUGAUUAAAAAAAACUGCAUAUAUAAAACUGACGAAUAUCUCUUUGAAAGUAUGUCAUAUAAAAAGGAAUAAACUGCAUCGUAUAAAUGUAUCUAUUCAAUUCUGUCUGUUAGCAGUCUGUAAAUGAAGUUAAACACAUCCUGUCUUCUGUUCACAAGAGUGGCUGUACUGUAUGUGUGUUUUUGGAUUGGAAAAGUUGUACAGGUUCGUUUCUCUUUGUAAUAUUUUUGGGAAGGAUACAUAAAUGAAAUAAAUGGAUAAUUGUG